ACCGAUUUUUCUGGUCACCCUCUAGUGUUCACCAUCAUCAUCAUCAUCCAAUCUCUAUAAUACUUACCUCUAUCAUUCAAUUAAAUCCUUCGUUACCCCAACAAUAUUUUCGAUUAUCAAUCCUUCAACUCUCAUUGUUGCAUGUUAUGGUUAUGAAUUUGUAGGAUGGGGAGGGUGAAACUAAAGAUAAAGAGGUUGGAGAAUACAAAUGGUCGACAAUCAACGUAUGCAAAAAGGAAGAAUGGAAUAAUGAAGAAAGCUAGUGAAUUAUCUAUAUUGUGUGAUAUAGAUAUUAUACUUCUCAUGUUUUCUCCUGGUGGAAAACCUUCAUUAUGCACAGGGAGACGCAGCAACUUUGAGGAGGUGAUGGCAAAGUUUUCUCAACUAACCUCACAAGAAAGGGCAAAGAGGAAAUUGGAGAGUCUUGAAGCACUAAAGAAAACGUUUAAGAAGUUAGAUCAUGAUGUGGUUAUUCAAGACUUUUAUGGUACAAGUAGUCAAACUGUUGAGGAUUUGAGCGAUCAAGCUAAGGAAUUACAUAACCGAAUUUCUCAGAUUCAAGAGCGACUAAGACAUUGGAAUGACAUUGAGAAAAUUAGUGGUGUGGAUGAAUUAGGACGGAUGGAAAAUUCACUCAAAGAGUCUCUUAAUCAAAUUCAUACUCAGAAGGAAAAUGCACAAAAACAACAACUAGCAUCACUUCAAUGCAAUAACCAGUUCAAUGAAUUGCAUGUUCCCUACAAAAUGAGUACUCCACAGCAAUUUCAAUCUCUUCCAUGGAUGGUUAAUGGUGAUAGUCAGAAUAUAGUACUUCCUGAAGAACCAAACUUGCUUCUCCACAAAGAUGUAGAGGGCUCAACAAGCUCAUCAUUUGGAAGCUAUGCAAGUUAUCUUGGCUCAAGCACCAAACCAAACAUAUCCAAUUCCAGUCAAGAAAAUUGUGUUCUUAGUGACAUGAGCAAUAAUGCUACAGCACCUCCUGUGAGAUUGCCAUUUAAUGGACAGUUUUCAUACAUUCCAAACAAUUUCAACAUAAUGAAUGAUAUGAAGCUUCAACCAGCUACAACAGGGAUGAAUAAUAAUAAUCCACAUGAAAACCAAGUAGAUAAUUACCAUGUCAAUGGAAACUUUGAAGCACCUAAACAAGGGUUUGAUCAAUCUAACCACCAUGGUUGGACUUCAAAUUCAGGUCCUUGUGCUGUUAAUCUCUUUGAUGAAAAUUUGUAUCCACAGCCAAAUUUUCCACAAGUUCAUUUUGGCUUCACAUAGAAGAUUUUUUAUUUUUCUUCUUCUUUUGUUUCCUUGUUUUAUGGUAUAUUCCUGCAUGAUUUCCUUCUGCAUUGUUGCACUUUUUGGUAGCAUAUUAGAACUGUAAGUAACUUACAAUAGAGAGAAAAUUACUUAUAGUGUAAUUGCAAAGUAUAUACUUAUUCUUCCGAAAUCUUUAAUAAUAGAAA